AUGCCGGACCAUUACAGUGACUCCCUCCUGAGCAGACAGACCAAGAGAAGACGAGUGGACAUUGGCGUGAAGAGGACUGUGGGCAGCAACGCCGCCAACGCAGCAGCCACAACCAGCGCCGACAUCGCCCGUGCCAAAGCAGCCAUCUUCGGUGCUAUGAACUCUCUCAACUCCUACCACCAUGGCUCCGAUGCAGACUCCAUGGACUGCUCCAUGGUGCAGCCGCACGGCCACGCCGGGGUCGUCACAGCAACCGACAGCGAGUCCAAGUCCAACGUGCUCCGGAAGCUCCUGAAGAGAGCCAACUCGUAUGAAGACGCCAUGAUGCCCUUCCCGAGUGCCACUAUCAUCUCCCAGCUCCUCAAGAGUAACAUGGCCAAGAACGGAGGAGGAGAGAGAGGGGAGAGGGGGGAGAGAGGAGAGAGAGGGGAUGGGGAGUUCCCCAGGUCGGGCCUCUCCAGUGGGGGUUCCGAAGCUCCCCAGGAGGACGCAUGCAGUAAUUCGUCCCAGGACAGCCCCCAGGAGUGCCUGUUCCCCUUUGGCCAUCCCCCAGCUCUGGGCGCCUUCGACCUGGAGCGCCUCAACGACGAGCACCUCCGGGCCAAGCGCGCCCGCGUGGAGAACAUAAUCCGGGGCAUGAGCCACUCGCCCAGCGUGGUGGUGCCCACACGCCACCUCGGAGAGCGGGACCACGAACUGGAACAACGUGAACGGGAGAGGGAGCGAGAGAUGGACGCUGACAGGGACAGAGAGAUGGAGAUGGACUGCCCCCCACAGCCGCCCAGCCCCAGGGGAGAAUUGUGCAGCCGGGAGAACAAAAGGAAGCAGCGCCUUCCCCAGCAGCAGCAGCAGAGCUUCACCCAGCUGGUGUGCCAGCGUAAAGAGCAGAAGCAGGAGGAGCGCAAGCAGCUGAAGCUGCAGCUGGAGGACAUGCAGAAGCAGCUGCGCCAGCUGCAGGAGAAGUUCUUCCAGAUCUACGACUCCACAGACGACUCAGAGCACGACCUGGCCCAUGACCUGGGCAACAUGUCUGAGGACAGCGCCGGGAGGUCUGAUGCUGGGGGAGAUGAUCGGACACACCGUUCCGACAAUGAGAUGUCAGACCAGGAUCCGGGACACUUCCUGGACCGGGCAAGGGCGUUGCUCCAGGAGCAGGCCCUGCUGACUGAGGGGGAUAAGCUCAGGAGAGAGGUGCUGGUCCGGGGGAAAGGUCCUGGUCAGGGCCCCUCCAUGCAUCAUGCAGAGGGCAAGCUGCUGGCUGAGACGCUGAAACAGGAGCUCAACUCGGCAAUGAACCAGGUGGUGGAAACAGUGGUCAAGGUGUUUACCAAGCCCCCGCACCCCACACCCCCCCAGGUCUUCCCGCCCCUCCCCAUGCCCCCAGAGAGGUUUGGUGUCAACGGCAAGGGCUCCAACCUCCAUACAGCCAACCAGCGCCUGCAGUGCUUUGGCGACGUCAUCGUUCCCAAUCCCCUGGACUCAUUCGGCGGCAUACCUGUGCCCGGCGCCAAUGACCAGACGGAGGCGCUGCCCCUGGUGGUGAGGAAGACCCAAACGGAGCACCAUCACCAGUCCUCAGCCGUGGGCGCCCACGGGGGCCAUCACCACCCCUCCCUACACCCCUCCUCCCUCUCUGCCUCCAUGGGCUUCAGCCCCCCUUCUUUCCGCCACCCCUUUCCCCUGCCUCUCAUGGGCUACCCCUUCCAGAGACCUCUGGGCCCACCCUCCGGGGGUUACCCAGGGAAGGACCGCUCCUCCCCAGACUCCAUUGACCUGUCCAUGGAGACCACCAGCCUGCGGACCAAAAUGUCAUCAGGGCACCACAUGGGGCACCACCACCGGUCGCUCUCUCCGACCCACCCCGGGAGCACCGCAGAGGGGCUCUCCCUGUCCCUCAUCAAGUCAGAGUGUGGAGACAUGAGCGACAUGAACGACAUCUCACCAUACUCAGGCAGCACCGUAUCCUUCACCACACUGAGAGAGGGAGGAAGGCGGGGAGGGAGGGGCAUGAGUAGGAGAGAGAGUUAGAGAUGCUAUAGAAGGGCUGCUUGUUCAUCUUAGAUAGUGUGACUAUUGCAUAUUAUUGCUAAAUCACCACACUUUCAGUUCUCUCAAAAACACCCCUCUUUUUUAUUUGAUCAUACCUUUCGCUCUACUAAAUGGUUAAAAGCACUCUAGUCACUCUACCAUUGGUCAGAUAAUGUCUCCACGACAUUUCUAGCCCUGAUUCCCAUUUGAAACAUGACUGAAAGAGCCAAAAGCUAUAGGAAGCUGAAGUUGAGCACAAUGGCUGUCUAUAUUGACAUCUAUAGUUUAACCCCUGUGUACCCCAAUCAUGGGCUGCAGAUAAAGAGCUAAGGUUCCUAUGGGAGGAUCACAUUCAACCCACUGGGACUGGGCCUAAUAGCCUCAACUGAUCCGUUCAGUUAGCCCCAUUCUCCUAAAUAGGCUACCCCUCUACCAUUCAGAUCUGUCUUUGCAAAGACCUUUCACUCAUGAAGCUUCCGUAGCAGUUAUUUUGUGUGAUUACUAUCACUGAAAAUGUUAUAUCAAUGACACACACAUAUACAGUAUACACUGACUAUACAAAACAUUAAGAACACCUUCCUAAUAUUGAGUUGCAAGCCCCCCUUUUGCUCUCAGAACAGUCUCAAUUCGUUGUGGGAUGGACUACAAGGUGUUGAAAGCGUUCCACAAGGAUGCUGGCCCAUGUUGACUCCAACGCUUUCCAUGGCACACAUACACAAUCCAUGUCUCAAUUGUCUCAAGGCUUAAAAAUAAUUAUUUCACCUGUCUCCUCCCCUUCAUCUACACUAAUUGAAGUGGAUUUAACCAGUGACAUCAAUAAGCGAUCAUCGCUUUCACCUGGAUUCACCUGGUCAGUCUAUGUCAUGGAAAGAGCAGGUGCCCUUAAUAUUUUGUACACUCAGUGUAUCUAUGGUAUUAAAGGCUUGGACAUGUUUUGGCUGUCUGACAGCAACUACUGAGAAUUGACAGUGAGCAAGUUUUUAUUUUACUUGUCUGUGUCUAAAAGUUAGAAAUUGAUGAAUGCAUCUAACAUUGAUGCUACUGUAUGGCUACUGUAUGUUAGUGCUGAUGUGUGUCACCUCAGGGCUCGGCCUUUGUGUAUGUUUGUGUGUGUGUGGGAGAUAGGGUUCGCCUGAGGACUCAGUAAAAACGUUUAUAAAUGUUUUAUCUUUCUCACCCCCUCCUCCCUGUCUUUUCUUUGAAACGGACGUUAACAGGUGUUUGCAGCGAGCUGUUUUACUUUCAUUACGGUGCCUUAUUUUGUCUUCUGACCAAAGGGGGAGCACUUCCCAGAGAUCCAUAAUCCUCUGCUACUCUGAGAGAGAGAGAGAGAGAGAGAGAGAGAGAGAGAGAGAGAGAGAGAGAGAGAGAGAGAGAGAGAGAGAGUAAAACAAUUAAAACAAUAACUUCAUAUGCCAGAUGCUUUUUUUCUAAUGUGGCGUUUAUAAUUAUGGGGCAUUAAUAGAUGUACUCACUUUAAUGGGAAGAAUAGUUAGAACAACACGGCCAUGUGUUACAAAUUCAUUUUAUUUUUCGCCACAGGUUAAUUUCACGGCUCCAACAACUAAAGACGGCACAGAUUGUCAGACAUUUUGUGGGGUUUGUUAAAGUUCAUCGGUGUAUAUUGUCCUUACACCUGAAAUGAGGAAGUGGAGCAGCUAUUUUCUCUCUUGACUUUGAGGUUUUGGGGAAGUGCUGUAGAGAAUGAUGAUGACUUGUAGGAUGUGCUCAGAGAACACUAGGCCAGCUGGUACAAAGGCACCAACAUGGCUAAAUAAUAGCCGUGUGUCACCCCAAGUCCAAUCACUAUUACAUUUGCAAGCUGUGAGAGAUAUUAAUUAAUCAAGAUUCACUGUUGCUUGAUUGUGUGCUUGAUGGUGAAGCAUAGGGAGAAGAUCCUGUGUUUAUAGAUUUUUGCGACUUAAAAAUAAUGUAUUUAAUUAUAUAGAAAAGUAAUCUAUGUAAUGAUGUGAUUGUCAUUAGUUUUGAAUUAUUUUGAUUUAGAAGCGAGAGCGUAGUAGUCUCAUUGGGAAAGCCCAGUCUUAUGGGACUGACAUGAUUGUGUCUUUACAGCAGCAAGCCACCUUGCCCGCUUCUCUCUCUCUCUCUCGCUUCUCUCUCUCUCUCUCUCUCUCUCUCUCUCUCUCUCUCUCUCUCUCUCUCUCUCUCUCUCUCUCUCUCUCUCUCUCUCUCUCUCUCUCUCUCUCUCUCUCUCUCUCUUGCUCUCUCUGAGGGGCCAUUGUAUCCCUCGCUCUUGGAGCAGAUGGUGUGGUGUGGUGUGGAGAGUGGAGGGCUGCUCUUUUGGCCAGGCCUGUCGGAAUACGUUUAGCCUGCCAGGGUUCUCCCCAUUGGCCCUCCCUCCCUAUUGUUGGACAUACAUACAGACCUACAGAGUAGCCCUUUAUUUGUCGGUUCAAGAGAUAAUAGUUACUACUGAUUGCUUUCCGCUCGAGGACAGAGACCUUUUUCAUUCUGCUCUGGGUUUUAUAUGUAGCUCAUCUCUUUUCAAUGUCUUAGCCCCAGAUUGAUAUUAGCUGAAUUAUACAGCCGUUAAUUCACCGUGGAAAUGGCUUGGGCCCGUCCGCAGCACAGAUGUGUUCCAGGGAUGCAGCGCCUAUCACUGGAUGGGUUCACUGCCUUGGAGGCCCUCUUCCUCCUCCUCCCUCCUCCUCCUCCCAAGGUUUGGCAGCACUAUGGAGGCUGGAGGCUGUGGGAGGAGCAGGGGGAGGAAGGGGGUGUAAAUGAGGUUGAAACAACUCUAUCGUUCAAUGUGCCCCCCCAACCACCCCCUCCUUCCUCCUGAGACUUCCAUUGGAAAACCUUAGUUUCUAAAAUCUAUGACGUGUGUAUUUUAAAUGAAUAAGGUCUACAGCUCUGUUAUAGAGAGACAAGGCACUUAGAAACUUCGUACGGGUUGUCCCUUUAAAACCUUGUUUUUACAUCAAUAUGAAGCCAAUGUUACGUCAGUAGAUCCUGUCUUUAGUUGUAAUGUCUUGUCGCCAAGCCAUUAGGCUCCUCUCUCAUAACCAGUGUUAACUGCUUUCUUUGUCUGUGAUAUGCAAAUUUCUCAUUUGUUUCUUCCUUUUUUUGGGUGGAGGUUGGAGGGGGGUAUGAUGAGGGGAAGAGGGAAAGGCGUUUGCUUACUUUGACUGUGAAAUGAGCUCCUUAUGUAAAGGCACCAGCUGUGGCGCUGGCCAACGUUUUAUUUACUGUGACGCGCUCACACCUGAUUCGGAGUGGAUGCUAAUCGCAAGCAAAUGGUUUGGCCCUGGUUCACUCACUACUCCCUAACAACUAACAACUGAUUCAAGAUCAGCCCUACCCUUCUCCAGUGCUAUUGUUAUCCUAAAACAAUGAAUGUUAAACGCAUAAUAUUGGUUUGGCCUAUAUAUAUUAUAGUCUUCAAGGAAAACAAUGAACUAGCUAAUUAUUGUACAUUAAGUGCAUGUUAAUUACACAUUAGUUAUAUUAAAAACACAUAAUCUGAAAUAGCAGUGGUUGUAGGUCAAGUUUACACAUUGCUCAGAUUGCAAGGUCAGCCAUUUUAAUUAUAAUUUCCCCUCCAAAGAACGGUAUAUUUCCUUGACGGCAGCCAUGUUCAGAUUCAGGAGGGUCUCUCCCCCAACCACCUGAAGAAGGCGAAGCUCAUGUUCUUCUACGCUCGUUACCCCAGCUCCAACAUGCUCAAGAUGUUCUUCUCCGACGUCAAGGUGAGCCACACCCCGGCACCCCAACCUUUCACCUUUCACCUUUCCACCUCUAUCAUCAUGAAAGGAGUAGGAUGACGUAGGCCCUAGACUAAUGUUGCUCCUUGAAGUAGAAGUUGCCCUUGGGCACUGAUCUAAGAUCAGUUUACCCUCCCAAAAUCCUAAACUUAAUUAUUUACCCAGUGGUUAUGGUAGGAAUUUGGUGAGUGUAAGCUGAUCCUAGAUCUGCUACAUGAAGCUCAUGAAAACAUACUUUGGGCUGGCACUCCUCUGUCUACCUGUAGCUGUCUCCAUAGUUAUCUACCUGUCCAGGUGUGUUCAACACCGUCUUUGUGUCUGUCCUUUGUCUUUCCAGCGGAAGUGACUGUCCUUGCCCCCGGUGACAACUGUAAAGACAGAUCACCAUGCCUGGUCUUUUCUUCCUUUUUUUUUGCUCUUGUGUUUUUCUAUGCCUGUGCACUUACCUCAGACUACAGUUAAAAGUUGAGUGAAGCGAUUACUCUUCUCACUGAGAUGUUCUUCCAGGAUAGUGCUGUACUAACGUGAAGUGCCUGUUGUAACAUGCAUGGUGUAUGGAGUAUGGAGUAUUCUUGUGUGUCUUGCUGCAAUGCUUCUGUAUGAGGAUCUUUCCCCUAUUAAGUCAUGGCUUUAUGCAAAAGAGAGAGGAUGAGGAAGUUGUAAUAGGUAAUAUUUAGAAGGGAGAGGGACUGGGGGAGCAUGUAAAAGGGUUGGAGAGGGUGCGAUGAAGGAGGGGUAGACAUGGGGUAGAUGAUAGGAUAGCGUGCAGAGAAACAGGAGGGGUUAUCUGAGCAGGUGUAAGGGUGGGAACGGAGUGAGGGAAAGAAGGAGAGAAGGACGGAGUAGGGAAAUGGUAAGGAUGAGCAUGAGGUAUGUGGGGUUAGAGGACAGGGCCAGGGUGUGAACAAACAAAGCACAAGUUAGCAGCACAACAGAGAACAAUGCAACAAGGCUACACAAGAGAUGUGCUGGUGUCUUGUUUGUUUUGUUGUUGUUGUUGUUGUUGUUUUUGUUCCGUCCCUCUCGGACCAUAAGGAGGGUAAACACUGUGACAGAUCCAGGUUAUCUUAUUCAAAUCAGCAGAAUAAGGUCCCUUUUUUUCCCCCAGCUGCCCCCUCUGUCACCAUAGUGACCAACUACUAACCACAACCCCCAGGUCACGUGACAAGCUCCCUCGUCGAGUUUUAGGAGGGGCGAUGAUGUGUGUUUUGUGUGUUUGUGAUGAGGGUGGAGGGGUGGGGGUGGCACUCUCACUGUCAAGGCGGGCAUAGGCCGCUUUCACUCCCUGAGUUUAGAUGAUAGAUAAUAGAAUCUCUGCCACAGUAUUUUUUAUGACUGGAUGAUAGUCUCUCCUAUUUUUGUUGGUGGUCCAAAAUUCACCUGGUAUGGUAGCUAGUGCGGUUAGCACAUUUGAACCCAUUGUUUAUCAGUAUCCUAGUCCGACUAAUUUCUUUUGAAGGACGUAUCUCGGUAAUACUUUAUUUAGAUAGUCCAUCUGUAGAUGCUCUACAGACCAUCGGUUACAUUUCAACUAACUAUCUACUAACCCUAGCCCUAACCCUUAUCCUAACCCUAAACUUAACCCUAACCUUAACCCUUACCCUAAACCUAACCCUAACCGUAAUCUUAUCAAGCAUUUGCUUGUCAACAGAUAGUUUGUUAAUAGUAUGAAAAUCUGUAGAGCAUCUACAAAUGGACUAUCCGGACUAUCCAAAUAAAGUGUGACCGGUAUCUCAAAUUGAAUGGCAUUACCAUACACUUAAACAACAAGGUCAAAUAGUUAAGGGGAUUAAGAUUGUAGUGUCUUUGUCUUGGUUAACAGUGGAGGACAAUGGAGGUGGCAUGGCUAAGAUAGUCUCCAUAUAUGGGAAUGGGAGCUGCCAGUUCAUAAACAGUCAAUGAACUAAACAGACCAGACCCAGCUGCUAUCGGAUUGGUGCCUAUGGGAGAGCCACCCCUUAAUUAUUUUCAAUGGUAAACGGCAUGAGUGGGACAUCUUCAUUCAUCCACCAUCUUUGGAGUCGCUAGUGACUAACUAAUUAGGCAUGGCCAGCUGAUGCAAGGCAAGGAGAGUGGCAUUAUUAGACAAAUGUGCUCUAAGAGCUAAUAAGAUCUUGACUAAUAAGGUCCCGACUGUAGAAGUAUGUAAUGAACGUGGGAAGUGGGUUGGCCUGACAACGGCGUGACGCUGCGCCGUCUUGACGCUCGUUAACUAGGGAUGGUGGAAGAGCGUUCUGACUCCUGACCUGAUAGGUAAAUGUUGUGACAGAUGUAACAUAAUAUGAUUGUUGUUGUCGCUGCAUCAGUUUAGCAUCACACUAUCCUUUCACUUACUAGGUAUGGUAGCUAGUGCGGUUAGCACAUUUGAACCCAUUGUUUAUCAGUAUCCUACUACUUGUGGUCCUCUGUAGCUCAAUUGGUAGAGCAUGGCGCUUGUAACGCCAGGGUAGUGGUUUCGAUCCCCGGGACCACCCAUACGUAAACAUGUAUGCACACAUGACUGUAAAUCGCUUUGGAUAAAAGCAUCUGCUAAAUGGCAUAUUAUAUUAUUAUAUUAUAUUACUACAGAUCAUGAUUGAUCAACUUGUGUGUUUUGACAUGGUUCAGUUAGCCAUCACUAUUGAUCGCCAAUCACCAGCUUCUCUGUUUUGACCCAGACAGGUCAUAGGUUAUUGUUAUGGUGUGAUGGAUGAACAAUAGGCUAAACACAACCUUAGCAUUAUGUCUGGUUUCUAUAUUUCAGUGGAUGUGAUGUCAGAGACAGUAAAUGUCAAUGUUGUUUAAAAAUGUUGGGUUCAUAAAUGAACUCUGAAUACACAAACGAGGAAGCAAAAUUAUUCAAAUGACGUCCCAAACUGAUGCUGUUGUGAAAAUGUCUCUCUCUCUCUCGCUCUCUCUCUCUCUCUCUCUCUCUCUCUCUCUCUCUCUCUCUCUCUCUCUUUUCAUGAGAGCUCUUGUUUUGGACACUCUCACUGCCCCCCACUCCCCCCCCCUCUCUCUCUCUCUCUCUCUCUCUCUCUCUCUCUCUCUCUCUCUCUCUCUCUCUCUCUCUCUCUCUCUCUCUCUUUCUCUUCAUCUCUUUAUCUCUCUUUCUGUCAGGCCGUUGUGUGUAUUCGGCACACAUGCCUCGCUAUUUGUGCAAGUGGUGCUGUGGAGUGGAUGAGGUCAGGAGGUUUUUCCUUUCUAUAUCUCAUUCCUUGUCUUGUCUUUUUUUUUGCUGAUGGUGUGGGAUGCUCGCCCUGCGCUACGAAAAGCCAGGCUCUGGAUUCCAGGGCCGGUUUGUGUAGAGUCAGCCAAUAGGCAACGAGAGAUUACCUCCCACAAUUCACCCCUGCAAAAACAGGAAGCGGUAGAAAGCCCUUAUGACUGUGGAGGGGCUUUAAUCAGAGAGAGAGAGAGCGACAGAGAGGCCGCUUCUGUUUCUGCUCCUCUUGUUGUUUUUCAAAUAGCUUGGUUGUCUGAGGUCAUGUGAUUCUUCCUCCUCUCCAUUGUUUGGCAGGCAGGGAGAUGGACGGACACAGAGCAGAGUGUACCUGUUUUUCUGUCUGUCCUGGGCAGAGCUGCUGGGUGACUUUACUGUCAAUGUCAUCACAAUGUGCAGGAGACACCUUGUUGGUGUGUCUCUCUCCUUUGAGGUCUUUCAGUCUGCCGUAUUUGUGAUGUCAUACGAUCACUGAUAAUACAGAAUGGGGAAUUAACAUGAUCUAACAAAGUUUACUCAGCAGCUCUCUAAAAUAUUACUGGAUAAGCUUAUGACAUGUACAAUACAUGACCAAAAGUAUGUGGACACCCGCUCGGCGAACAUCUCAUUCAAAAAUUAUGGGCCACGUUGAAAGUCAUAUGGAGUUGGUCCCCCUUUUGCUGCUAUAACAGCCUCCACUGUUCUGGGAAGGCUUUCGACUAGAUGUUGGAACAUUGCUGCGGGGACUUGCUGCCAUUCAGCCACAAGAGCAUUAGUGAGGUCGGGCACUGAUGUUGGGCGAUUAGGCCUGGCUUGCAGUCGGUGUUCCAAUUCAUCCCAAGGUAUUCGAUGGGGUUGAGGUCAAGGCUCUGUGCAGGCCAGUCAAGUUCUUCCACACCGAUCUCAACAAACCAUUUCUGUAUGGACCUCGCUUUGUGCACGGGGGCAUUGUCAUGCUGAAACAGGAAACAGCCUUUCCCAAACUGUUGCCACAAAGUUGGAAGCACAGAAUCAUCUAGAAUGUCACUGUAGCGUUAAGAUUUCCCUUCACUGGAACUAAGGGGCCUAUCCCGAACCAUGAAAAACAGCCCAAGACCAUUAGUCAUUCUCCACCAAACUUUACAGUUGGCACUAUGCAUUGGGGCAGGUAGCGUUCUCCUGGCAUCCGUCAAACCCAGAUUCAUCCGUCGGACUGCCAGUUGGUGAAGCAUGAUUCAUCACUCCAGAGAACACGUUUUCACUGCUCCAAAGUCCAAUGGUGGCGAACUUUACACCACUCCAGCCGACGCUUGGCAUUGCGCAUGGUGAUCUUAGGCUUGUGUGCGGCUGCUCGGGCCAUGGAAACCCAUUUUAUUUUGCUCCCGACUAACAGUUCUUGUGCUGACGUUGCUUCCGAUUUUUACACACUAUGCGCUUCAGCACCCGGCGAUCCCAUUCUGUGAGCUUGUAUGGCCUACCACUUCGUGGCUGAGCCGUUGUUGCUCCUUGACGUUUCCACUUCACAAUAACAGCAUUUACAGUUGACCGGGGCAGCUCUAGCAGGGCAGAAAUUUGAUGAACUGACAUGUUGAAAAGAUGGCAUCCUAUGGUGUUGCCACAUUGAAAGUCAUUGAGCUCUUCAGUUAGGCUAUUCUACUGCCAAUGUUUGUCUAUGGAGAUUGCAUGGCGGUGUGCUCGAUUUUAUACACGUCAGCAACUGGUGUGGCUGAAAUAGCCGAAUCCACUAAUUUGAAGGGGUGUUCACAUACUUUUGCAUAUAUAGUGAAUGUCCCUGUUGUCUUAUAGAAAAUGAAUAGGAUUUUGUUUCUGUGUUGAAAAGAGUUUAAUCGUUGGGACUUGAGUGUUUUCCUUCUCUGGUGCUGUGUGUAUAGUUUUAUGUAGGUUGCAUGAUAGGGUAGAGUGUGUGUGUGUGUGUUUUGUUCCUUUGUUGAUAACGUUUAAGGUUGACCUUUUGCAGGCUCUCGAGUGUGAGUGUGAGUGUGAGUGUGAGUGUGAGAAACACGCUCUCGCCGUCCCUCUUAGCCAAUCACGCCUACACAUACACGCGCACACACACACUCCAACAGGCCAUGGACAUCUCAUGUCUCUCUUGGCUGACCCCUGCCAGCUCAGAUUAAGGAGUCCCGGUGAUGUGUUGCUUUGAAAUAGUUCCCCACAACAGAACACUGACGGAACACUGAACACUCUGGUCCUUUGUCCCCCCACAAGCAACUUAAUGAAACAAGAAUGGGCCUGAUUUGCAACAAAUACCUUUAGUAGACACACUUAAAUUGAAUCUCUCUCUUUCUCUCUUUGUAUGCAUGUAAUGUGUGAUUUAACCACAUUUCAUCCUCGUACAGUAGAUAUUCCAUACAGUAGAUUGAAACAUGCAUUGUGUCAGAUAGAUGUUGAGCUAUAAAUCCUGUAUAAUGAAGUGAUCCUUGUCCAAAGUGACAAAUCUAUCAGUCAGAGGGCUGGAGUGACACUAAAGGUCUCCAGUGUGAGUGAUGACAUCUCUUUCACUGACUUUAAUCUCAGUAUGCAGCCCUCAAUCACACACACACAAACACACACAUACACACACACAGGUACCGCUCACCCCAACCCAUCCAAUAGAGAGUGAUGUGUCUGAGUAGUGACGUAUCUGUGAUAGUGAACGCACAAGUGUAUGUGCAUGAGUGUGUGUGUAUGUCUCUUUUUGAGACUACAUCAAAUAUGUGUACAAUAAUAGCCCCUGUGUGUGUGUAAUUGUAAGAGUCAGUUAUUUGUUUGUUUGACACUUCGAUGUCAUGACCCUUGCCUGCUGACAGUUCACGUUCCUACGCUGCCCUGGUCUAUUGUCCAGCCCUGCUGUUCUCUACACCCCUCUCCCUCCCCCUACUACCCCCCCCCCCCAUGCAAAACAAUGUCAGGCAGACUUACUCUUUCAGUCCUCCCCCAUUAUGUCAUCCACAGACCAUUCCAGAAAAUAAUGACCCCUCCUUUGCCCCCCCCCUCCAAUCCCUGUCUCUCUCAUCCUCUCCCUCUCUCACUUUAUCUCUCCCUUUUUUUCUCUCUCCUUCCUCUCUGUCACAGCCCAUGCCUAGCUCAAAUGAGGCCGUGUGUGAGCCUGCGCUAGUGUGUGUGCAUGUGUGUGUGUGUCGGCCCGGAUCAGAUGAGAGUGUGUUCUGGAACAAUAGUCAGAGCCUAAUCUCCAUGUCAAAACCGCUCUCCCUCCCCAGCGAGUGGCUGCUCGGCAUUUAGUAAUGUUUUCUCUCCUAUUCUCCCAGAAUCACAAAAAGAGCAGAAAGGAGGCAUGGAGGGUGAGAGUGGGGGAGUUGGUGUAGGGACGGGGCAGGGAUAUGGGGAUAGGGGAGUGUAAGGCUUUUAGGGAGGGGGCUGAGGGAUGAGUUAAAGGAUUUGGGGGGGCUGAAGGAUGAGGUAAAGGGUUUUGAGGGAUGUGUGCGUGUGCAUGUGUGUGCGUGUGCAUGUGUGUGCGUACCCGCACGUGUGUGUGUGCGUACGUUUGUGUGAUGGUCCAGGCUGGGGACUGUUCUGGGCCCUGAGGUCCUUAUCUUCCUUUCUGUCUGUUUGGACAAUGUGUUUUCAGUAGCGAGGCAAAACGGAAGACAGCUCCAGCUCCACUAGGCCUUUAAUAGGUUUAUGUCCUAUUGAAUCCAUGCAGCCACACAGAUCAGAUAGCCAGGCCUUCUCAGCACUAAUCAUCUCUCUCUCUAUUCUUCUCUCUCUAUUUUUUUCUUUUCCCCCUUUCUUUUCUUUUACUCUAGCCUGAGAGGGGUGGAGAGGCAGGGUGCAGUGCAGGGUAAUUGGUGAAUGGGGUUAAGUACAUGUUUGAGCCCCCUGCGGGCAAGGGAGCUUUAGAUGAUGACUUAAUCGUUUUUCUGGUCAAUUAUGUGUUUGUGGUUGCUCCCCUCCCAGCCCAGCCACGUUUACGAUAGGGGGAGGUCCAGUCCCCCAGGGAAAAGAACAGAAUAGCAGACACACACUCUCACUCUUUUUCUUCUCUCUUCCUCUGUCUUACUUUAUGUCUCUAUUUAUUAUCUUCUCUCUCCGUCCUGCUGCGGUCUUUCUCUCUCUUGUCUUUUAUCUCUUUCUCUGUUAUCGGCCUACCUCCAGACUCCCUGAUGUGAUAUGAAUCCCCCUAUGCCCCCUUAACUACACCUUAACUACACUCAACAAUGAUGUCUUCAUCACAGAGCCCAGAAAGCCUUAAAACGCUUGGUUCUGCACAAUAAUGUGGCCCUAUAUAUUUUAUAAUUUCAUGGCAUUUUGGACAUGUCAAAUAAAAUCUAAUCCAAUAUUAUUAGUGUUGGUAUUAUCAUGAUGUCAAUUAAUUAUCCAGGUUAAAUAAAUUACCAUUAUUUAUGAAAUAAUUAUUUUCAUAAUUAUGAUAAUUAUUACUCAAAAUCUCUCUGACCCUUUAUCUCUCAUAGUUUAACUACCAGGGUUGGGCUCAGUUCCGAAUUUAAUUGAGAAUGCCUCCUAAAUUCCAAUUCAAUUCUUGAAUUUGAAUAGAAUUUGAAGUAGUAAAAAGGAUACAGAAUCGCAAUUCGAAUUUGAAUGAAAGGAAAUAUAAUUAAAUUCAGUUAAACUAAAUGAAAUUCAAAAGCCUCUUCUAUUUUAUAUUAGGUCUUGUCUAUACAAAUAAACAUCUUGUACAAUUUUCAGGACAAACUCUUCAAAUGAAUGAUCACGGAAAGCGAAACCUGUAUAUUAUCCUAAAUUAUUAUAUUUCAUGAAUCACCUACAUUUUGUUCAAUAUGGGGAAAACACUACAUUUCCAAGAAUGCAUUAGUUUAACCUAAAAUAUAUAAUUAGAAAAUUAAGACAAAAUGGCUGCUUGUCACAAAAAGCUUAGAGAUGUGAUCUGAAUAAUGUUAUUUACCACCCUCAAAUUCACUAACAGGGCUUUGGACUCUUAGGCCCAAUUGCUCUGUCAUUAGCUUAGCUGCAUGUUAAGCAUCAAGCUGAGUUUUAGCUAACAUUUUUGUAAACAAGUCUAUGCUGUGACAGAGCAAUUGUCCCAUAUGUUUUAAAUUGGUUGUUUACAUUAUAAUUGUUUGUAAACAUUUAAAUAAAAGCCUACAAAUAUAGUGGGAAUGAUCAGUAGUUCUAAGCUCAUGAGGCAUAAACAGUAUGAGUGAUUUUCUCCAAGAAUCAAUGGCUUUACAUUAUAUCCAAAAAUGUCCGCAAAAUCUUUGCACCAAUCACGGAGGUAUGGUCUAAUAUAACUGCAUUGUUUGUCGAGAAAAUAUAAUUGCCUUUCCACUCGCUAAGGUUAAAAGAGUAUAUGAACAUUGUUUCCAGAGAAAAGUGAUAUAUUCUUUGGUAUCUGGAAGUGUAACCUGUCAGAUUCAAUGAAACACUCAUGUUCUAUGACUGAGUGGAAUUUCUUUGAAUUGCCCUGAAUUAAAUUAUACUUCCUGUCACAAACUCAAAUUCAAUUUGAAUUUCAACUCAUGAGUUGAAUUGAGGUUAAUUCCAAAAUGCUGAAUUUAUCCCAACCCUGUUAACUACUAUACUGUAUAUUAUUAUUAUUAUUUUUUUGGUCAUUUAGCAGACGCUCUUAUCCAGAGCGACUUACAGGAGCAAUUAGGGUUAAGUGCCUUGCUCAAGGGCACAUCGACAGAUUUUUCACCUAGUCGGCUCAGGGAUUAGAACCAGCGACCUUUCGGUUACUGGCACAACGCUCUUACCCACUAAGCUACCUGCCGCCCUAUAUAAUACAUAGGGCAUAUAUAAUACAUUAUAACAUUAUAACAUUAUUAUCAUAUAAUCCUUAUUAUUAAAGCCCCUCUCUCCCAUCUCUCCUAUCUCUCCUAUCUCUCCUAUCUCUCCUAUCUCUCCUAUCUCUCCCAUCUCUCCCAUCUCUCCUAUCUCUCCUAUCUCUCCUAUCUCUCCUAUCUCUCCCAUCUCUCCUAUUUAUCCUAUCUCUCCUAUCUCUCCUAUCUCUCCUCUCCCGUAGUUUAACCGCUGCAUCACGUCCCAGCUCAUCAAGUGGUUCAGUAACUUCCGGGAGUUCUACUACAUUCAAAUGGAGAAGUUUGCCCGGCAGGCUAUCAACGACGGUGUCACCGGGGUGGAGGAGAUGAGCGUCAGCCGCGACUGCGAGCUCUACCGAGCCCUCAACAUGCACUACAACAAGGCCAAUGACUUUGAGGUAGGACCACUUUUAGUUCGACACCCAUUUACUGCUAUGUGA